UUUAUAUAUAGAGACAAUCAUUGGAGGGUUAAUGCGGGGUUCAAAAAUUGAAGGAACGAAACAAGUUUAAAAAAAAAAAAAAAGAAACUUUAUAGAUAGAUAUCUAAAUAGAUCUUUGUUUAGUCUAGGAAUCAUUAUUUCAAACGUUUUGAAUAAAUAUUUAGGUGAAAAAAUAUUUCGAACAAUAAGUAAACAAAAAAUGGUUAGCAUCACACACAUGGAAAAGAUGGUCAUUCUCCUCAGCAUGUUUUGCUGGACUAGCUACGCCGUCUUCUACUACAAACACGAGCCAGACUACCCCAGGCUGGGAAAGCGUACCUCCUACUCAGACGACAAGCUGCAGGGCGAGGGCAGUAACCCGCAGCUCAUGCUCCCCGACCCUGCGUUCUCGAAUCUCAACAGGAGAGGCAUCUUCACGCAGGGUUCAUCGGGAGUCCCGCGGCUAGGCAGAAGAAACCUGGACACUGACAAAAGAGGCGUGUUCACGCAAGCGAACGGGGGGUACAUCCGGAUGGGGAAGAGGGACGAUCCGUGGAACGACAAGAGAGGGGUGUUCACUCAGGGUCAGAUCGGCUCCCCUCGAAUAGGGCGUCAGGGCGCCAGCGAUAUGUGGAGCGAUGGCGUCAACCAGGUGCUGCAGAAGAUGGCGGAGUUCAAGGAAGACAACGACGAGGAGAAAGCAGGUCAAGGACAGAUGGACGUGGGAAAUGACGUCUUACUGCAGCCGACAUCAAUUCCAUACCUAUUCAUCGAGAUGGACACGGACAACGAUGGAAAGUUAUCAAAAGAGGAAUUUGUUUCCGGCAUCCAGAUUCUGAAAUCCCAGACGUCGUAUUGGUAACAUCAACAAGAAUGACUUUUGCCAAACGUGGGGGGAAUUUUCCAACUAGUUUUACGCUCUGGAAUAUAACAAGAUCUUUGGAAGUUUAUCAGCAGGCAGAAGAAACGAUGCACAACAAAAACUUAAACUGGGAUUUACCACAACCGAAACAAAACGCCAACCCAGUUUUCUAUCAGAAUUAUCUAACCAUUUGAAAUUAUAUAAUGUAUUGUGAUCUUUCUUGAUUCUUUAUCAAAUAAACAUCGAUAAUAAA